GCGCCAAGGUAGUUUCCUGUAAUAUUUUUUGUAACUGUGCGCCGGUGACCGCGGUCACGCCGUUUACCCUAUAAUUAGAAUAGACGGGAUCCGUGGAAAGAGCGCGCCGGAAACGGACGACGACGAUGACGGAAAAAGUCGCGGAGUAAGCGGGACCGAGGAUCUCUCGCCGUGUUGUCGUUCACUCGUCGUAAAUAUACACGCGACGAUGCACACUCGGACUUACUUACCCUCAGCUUCAGCCAUGUUAGUCGUUAAGGGAAACACUGGUCGUUAUGGGAACGCGUACCAUGCGUCAUCGAACUCUUCUCCAAGUUUGAAAUCAGAACCAUCCGUUUGAACGACCCUGCCACGCGUAACUCUCUAUCGUUAGAAAUGCUAAAGAUUCUGUUGAAAGAGAUCAAAAGAGACGAGAACAACAAGCAUCUUCGAUCGAUUCUAUUGAUGUCUGACUCUGGAAAAGUGUUUUCCGCUGGACACAAUCUGAAGGAAUUGGCAGCUACCAACGCUAAAUUCCAUAAAGACGUAUUCGAGACCUGUGCAGAACUGAUGAGGGCCAUUAGUCAAAGCCCAGUGCCGGUGAUUGCGGCGGUGGACGGUCUGGCUGCUGCAGCUGGCUGUCAGUUGGUCGCGGCAUGUGACAUUGCGGUGUGCACGGAAAGAAGUUCCUUUUCCACUCCAGGGGCAAAUCUCGGAAUAUUUUGUUCGACUCCAGGUAUACCGCUGGUACGCAACAUGCCAAGGAAGAGCGCGAUGUACAUGCUCUUUACGGGACUCCCUAUUUCCGGCAGAGAAGCUUAUGAGUGCGGUCUCGUUAGCAAAGUCGUGCCGAAUGACAAGCUUGACGAGGAAGUCCGCCGAAUUAUAGAUGCUAUCAAUGCGAAGAGUCGCUCGGUCAUACACCUUGGUAAAACAUUCUUAUACAAGCAAAUGGAUCUCGAUAUAUCGACGGCGUAUUUUUUGGGCACUGAAAAAAUGGUGAACAAUCUAAAAAUGAAAGAUGCGCAAGAAGGAAUACGAAGUUUUUUAGAAAAGAGGAAACCGGACUGGUCACACGAUUAUGAGAAGAAUUAAUUGCGUCAAUGCGCGACUUUAUUGUUUCUAUAUUUUUCUCUCAUCAAAAACAGAUUAUGAACUAUUGUAUUUAAUAUAAAAUCUCUUUAUAUAUGAAAUUUUUUAUGAUUGAUAUUAGCUAUGUAAUUUUUUAUGUAUAAUAUAAUUUUAAUAUCAAUGUAUAUUUUUUGAAAGAAAUAUGUUUCGCGUAUGUACAUCCUUUUGAAUCAAUAAUUCUUAACUGGUUUAUUAAUCACAUAGAAUAUAGGCCUAGAUAUGAUAAUUAAUAUAAAUACAAACCAAAAUUAAUUUUUGACAAAAGUAAUUGUCAAAUUAUUCAUUAAAAGAUUAUUUAAAGAUUUUUAUUUUAUGAUAAUGCUAAAAUCUCAUUAUUUAAAAUCUAAAUAUUUGAUUAUUGCACAAUUUUUUGAAGAAAAUGUUGAUUUUUGAAAGAAUUUGAGAUCCUGAACCUGAAUCUACAAAUAAUAUUAUUAAUAAUAUUUUUAAUUAUAUUUAUUGAUUAUUAUUAUUGUUUGUAUAGUUUUAAAAUAACUAACAAUGAGUUUCAUGAGAUCAGAUUAAAUAUUAUGUAAUAUAAUUAAAACAAAUAAAAUCAUUGUCACAUGCAAGAAUUUUGAUUUCGCAAUUUCAGAAAACAAUAUAUCUCGUGAGAUAACUUCACAGGAGAAAAAUAAACAUACAAUGAAUCAUAUAGAUGAGCUAGAUACACAAUACAAUUAUCAAAUGUAGCAUAUGUACUUACAAUGUUGAUCGGAAGAGAAAUUAACUGAGAAUAAUAUAAAACUUCAAUUUAAUUUUAAUCAAAAAUAAAUUUGUACUUUUGUCAUAGAAAAGAGAAGAAAAAGAGAGAUUAAUUGAAGAAAUAUUAGUUCAUUUUUUAAAG